AAGUCAAUUUUCGGCCAUGUGGAUACUUGUUUCUCGACUUCAUUCAAACACUGAUUUACUUUUCUUACAGUAUUUUGUUAUUCUGGUAAUUGUGGUUGUGAUGGAACUUGCAGCUGCUGGGCUUGUGUGGAAGCAUGCUAAUGGUGAAAAGUUUCAAGAAUUUUUGACAGAAUCUAUCAAAGAUCAAAUUGAUAAAAGCAAGCUAGAAGAUGGAGGUGCUUCUGCUAGAUUCGUUGAAUUACUUCAACUACAUCUGGAAUGCUGCGGCGGAUAUGAUAAGAAUGAUUACCACAUGGAUGAUAUACCGCAAUCCUGUAGCAGCGACAGGACUAACAAUGUCUUUAUUCAUGGAUGCGGUGAAAAUAUCCGAAGAUAUCUGGAACAGAAAGCUGGUACAAUCGGAGGAAUUUCUCUCGGAUUAGUUUUAGUGCAGAUAUUAUGCUUGAUUUUCACCGGAGUUCUUUUUUGCACUCUGAGAGAAGAUUCGAAGAAUUAUUGAGCAACAUGAAAAGCAUUUCUAAUACAAUCAUCAUGAAAGCGAAGAUUAUUUUCAUAAUGACAUAUUUUCAUGUGUUCCUGUCGGUAUUAAAACUUCAUGACUGAAAUUCUUAUAAAACGUUAUGAGACAGGAUACUUCAUUAUUACCUGUGAAGAAUUUGCAGUGUUUCAUCCAAUCAUUGAUAUAUGUUCAAGGAAAUUAUGCAAGGUUUUCCGGUAAACAAAGAAUUUUUUAAUUAUGUACAGUAAUAACUUAUAAAGAGAACGUAAGCUAAUAUUUGCAUAGAUCAAGAAAAAUUGAAAUUUCUGUCUUAAUAACAAUGUAUCAUUUUAUCUAAUAACACUAUUUUUUCAAGUAUAUUUACCAGCAAAAAUUCUUUAUAAAAUAAUUUUUAGAUUAGACUUAUCUAUUUUGAUAGAGAUAUUUAUAUUUUGUGUAAAACCUUUAGCCCUGUUUACAGAUUUCCUCGAGUUAGUUAGGAAAUUAAUUGUGACUAUUUAUAAUCACCGGAAAAUUAGAUUCUUGUUAUUAGUAUGAGAUGAUUACCACCUUUAAUUUCACGCUUUCAAUAAUAGGUGGCCAGUAUCUUAGAGGAAAAUUGGGUUCAUACGCUUAGUAUCAAAUGACUAAAUAUUUUAUUUCGUUCUUUCAAUAACAGACUGUUAGCAUUUCUUGGACCUCGUACUCAAGUCUUUUUGGUAGUUGAAGUAUGUAACUCCUUCACAAUUAGUUUUCGUCAAUCUUCCGGAUAGUAACAUACAUUAUGAAGUCUUAUACAUGUUUACUUAUAUAUUAUUUUGUGUAUUAAGAGAUUUGUUCGUGUCAUAAAAAGUGUAAAUGUAAACCGUAUAAUAAAAAUAAAGCUUUUAAAUAUUUUUAAA